AUGGUGGGAGUGAAGAUAGAUCAAAAUGAUCCUUUAUUCAUUGGAAAUUCAGACAGUUCAAGUGCUGUGUUGAUUCCAAUUAAAUUGAUUGGAUCUGAGAAUUAUGGAGUUUGGAGUAGGGCAAUGAGGAUUGCACUACUUGGGAAGAGAAAGUAUGGUUUUGUAACUGGUGCAUGUACUAGAGCUUUGUACAAAAAAGAAUUGCAUGAGCAAUGGGAAACUUACAAUGCGAUUGUGUUAUCUUGGCUGAUGAACACAGUUAGUGAAGAGCUUCUUAGUGGUAUCGUCUAUGCCACAAAUUCUUUCUCAGUGUGGAAUGAUCUCAAGGAAAGAUUUGACAAGGUAAAUCGAGUAAGAAUCUAUCAAUUGCAUAGAAUUAUCACCACUCUUUCACAAGGUACAGAUACUGUAUCUCAUUACUUUUCAAAAUUAAAAACACUGUGGAAUGAAUAUGAUGCUAUAGUUCCAAAUCCAUGUGGUACUUGUCCUCAAUCGAAGGAAUAUAAUGAUCAUCUGGAGCAAAUGAGAUUAAUUCAAUAUCUGAGUGGCCUAAAUGAAUCAUAUGAUCAGGCUCGCAGACAGAUACUACUUAAAGGGACUACACCAUCUAUGAAUCAAGCUUAUGCUAUGAUUAUAGAGGAUGAGAUUCAACACUCAAGUUAUAUGGCUAAUGCAGUUGAAAAGCCAAGUUCAAUGGUGAUGAGUGUAAACAGGAAUCAGGGAACUGGAAAGGAACAUUACAAAGGGAAGAAGUGUGAUUACUGCCAUUUCCUUGGUCACACCAAGGAUAACUGCUACAAGUUGAUUGGCUAUCCAAGUGACUGGAAACAAAGGAAGAAACCAGGCUAUGGAAAUGGGAAUGGAUACAUGAGAAAUGGUACAAGCACAAAUCAAUUCAAUGGCUAUGGAGGACAAAGUUCAGGAAAUACUGGUGGAUAUGGAAGAGGAUAUCAGCCUGCAAACAACAUCUCUGAUGACCAUUGUGCCAAAGGGACUGCUGGAUCACAAGUGCAGGAACUUCAACUUAUUCUCCAUGAUCUGAUUGCAGAAGAUAUGAUAGUAAAUGAAGCUUUUCAAAUCAUGGAAGAUAACCAAAACGCCGAAAAGAAGUCUCGUAAGAGCUCAACAAUCAUUGGUGUUAAUAUUAUUGGAGAAGCUCCUACCAAAAACAAAAAGAGAAAGAAGUCCAACAGGCAGAAGUCAGAAUAG